GACCACGCCAUGGCCCCGUUAUAUUCGCUCAGCGGUCUCCUCCCCCGUCGCUGUACUUCACUCCUUUGGAAUAAUACUCCGUAAUGCCCUUACCCCUCCUUCGCCCUCGCCAGAGCUUCUCACUGCCAGUUGUCUGGUCGCGUUCCAUCUCGAGCCUAGGCGCUGCUCCCACUGCUGGCCCAUUGGUCUUGCGCGCUGCUUCGUCCUGCACGCAUCCCCGCUGUCGAUGUGGCUGCCGUCUGGCUAGUGGCUGCUCGUGUUCCUGCUGUGCUCAUCCCCGCUCCUCAUCUGUCUCUUCUUCUCUUUCUACUUCUUCCUCUAGAUCAUUCUCAUCCUCGUCAUCCUUAUCAUCGUCACAUUGGAUCCCAUCCCCUCGUAACCUACGCUUCUUCUCAUCACAGCCCGCCAUGGCGCAGGAGUUUAAACUCAAAGAUAUCCAGUCCCUAGCGGACCUCCAGGACCUGGAUAAGGUCGAGUCCGAGGUCGAGGGCAUCCAGGACGCCAAGGUCCUGGUCGUCAAGUAUAACGGGGAGUAUCAUGCCCUGAGCCACAAAUGUACCCACUACGGAGCGCCAUUGAAGAUGGGCGUCGUUGCUCCAGAUGGGAGGAUCACUUGUCCGUGGCAUGGAGCCUGCUUUAAUAUCGGCACCGGCGAUGUGGAAGAUGCGCCGGCUCCGAAUGCCUUGAAUAAAUUCGAGAUUGUCGAGAAGAACGGCGCGGUGUAUGUCAAGGGCGAGGAAUCGGCCAUCAAGUCCGGACAGAGAGAUCCUGCCGUGAAAUGCAGCGCUUCUUCUGUUGGUCCUGAGAAGAUCGUGGUCGUGGGAGGUGGUGGUGGAACCUUGGGUGUUAUCCAAGCUGUUCGGGAACUGAAAUACAAGGGCGCCAUCACCGUCAUCUCCCGCGAACCCAACCUCAUCAUCGACCGACCCAAGCUGUCCAAGGCGCUGAUCCCGGACGCCGAGAAGAUCCAGCUGCGUCCGCGGGAAUGGUACCAGGAGGCUGCCAUCGACACCGUCUCCGACGAGGUGACUGGCGUGGACUUCACCAAGAAGAUCGUGGCGACCAAGUCCGGUACUUCAUACCCGUAUACCAAACUGGUUCUGGCCACUGGGGGUGUGCCGCGUGGUCUGCCCCUGGAAGGGUUCAAGGAUCUGGGCAACAUCUUCCAGCUGCGGUUCGUGACGGACGUCCAGUCCAUCCUGAAGGCCGUGGGCGAGAAGAACAAGAAGAUCGUGGUCAUCGGCAGCUCCUUCAUCGGUAUGGAGGUCGGCAACGCCCUUGCCAGCGGCAACGAGGUCACCAUCGUCGGCCAGGAGAAGGCCCCCAUGGAACGGGUCAUGGGCGAGCGAGUCGGCCGCAUCUUCCAGAACAACCUGGAGAAGGCCGGCGUGAAGUUCAAGCUGGAAGCCGGCGUCGUCAAGGCCACCCCCUCCGACGCCGACGCCAGCAAAGUCGGCGCCGUCCACCUGAACGACGGCACCGUGCUACCGGCCGAUCUGGUCGUGCUGGGUGUCGGCGUGCGCCCGGCCACCGAUUUCCUGCAGGGUAACGCAGCCGUGCAGCUCGAAAAGGACGGAUCCCUCAAGACCGACGAGCACUUCGCCGUGCCGGGUCUGAACAACGACGUCUUCGCCAUCGGCGACAUCGCCACCUACCCCUACCACGGGCCCGGCACGGAUCCCAAGACCGGCACCUACACGCGCAUCGAGCACUGGAACGUCGCGCAGAACGCCGGCCGCGGCGUGGCCCGCGCCAUCGUGCACAGCCUGACGGCGCCGUCGUCCGCCGCCUCCCUGCAAUCCCUCAAGCCCAAGGCCUUCAUCCCCAUCUUCUGGUCCGCGCUGGGCGCCCAGCUGCGGUACUGCGGUAACACGCCCAACGGCUGGGACGGUCUGGUGCUGCACGGCGAGCCGGAGAACGGCAAGUUCGCCGCGUACUACACCAAGGGCGACACGGUGGUGGCCGUGGCCACGAUGGGCAUGGAUCCGAUCAUGGUCAAGAGCGCGGAGCUGAUGCGCCGUGGCAAUAUGCCGACCAAGUCGCAGAUCGAGGGCGGAUUGGACGUUUUGAUGGUGGGCGUGCCGAAGUCGGUGAAGGUAUAAAUCAAGUAUAGUCGUAAAUAAGGUAAUUUGAAAAGAUAUAGCCACCCUUAUGAAGGACUAGUAGCGAAUGUUCAUGAUUGAUACAUAAUGCAUAAUGCAUAAAAGGAAACGAAA